UAUGAUUAAGUAUGGACUCGGUUUAAGCGUGAAGACUUUAGGAAGUUGUUUUACAGUCAUUGAAAACGCGCAUUAUGUGGACAUCGUCGUAUUAUACGCUCUGUUCUUGUGACUCGCUGCUGCUCAAAGAGUAUGGGUGUAACUAAAUAUGAGGUCACUCGCGUGUUACAUCACGUACCUCGUAACUAGACUGUGUACAGGUCUUUGAGUCGAGAUAUCGUUUGUACACAGUUUUAUACCAGCGGAACGGUUCUGUCGCAGUUUCUUCUGAAGACGCUUGCUACCGUAUGUUCGUAGUGUUGGAAAUGCCUUUUCUUGCCCGAAUGCGUUAGUUCAUUGGUUUGCCAAUGUGUUCGCAAUGGGUGACGGUGUGUUUUGCGUGUUUACAUUGUGAAGGUGUACGUUCCUGUUCAUCGUCGUAAGGUUAACCGUAUGUGACUAAUAAAAUUGCAGGAAGUGAUAUUUGAACUAAUAAAUUAUUUCGCAUAGUCCUACGCCAUUCAGCUAACCAAUCUGAAAUUAUGAACGCCAGGUCUCAGACACUAGAACUGACUGUAGAACCCAGGCAGCAAAAUACCCACAGAUAAAGAAGUUAUUUGGUUAUGAUCCUAAUUUCAAGUGGGUUGUAACAGGCAUGGUACUUGUGCAGUUCAUGAUGUUAUUUGUCAUGAAAGAUCAGUCAUGGCCAAUGAUAUUUUUGGUUGCAUAUGUUUUUGGUGGUGUGAUAAACCAUUCAUUAAUGCUUGCUAUUCAUGAAAUUUCACAUAAUUUGGCGUUUGGACAUGCACGACCAUUAGCUAAUAAAGCAUUUGGGAUAUUCACAAACUUGCCUAUUGGUAUACCAUUUUCAAUCAGUUUUAAGAAGUAUCACCUGGAGCAUCAUAGGUACCAGGGUGAUGAAAUGAAGGACACUGACAUACCAACCUACUUGGAGGCGAAGCUGUUCUGCAAUACGUUUGGAAAAUUUUGCUGGUUGUGUUUGCAACCAUUUUUCUAUGCUUUGAGGCCAGUUAUUAUUUACCCAAAGUCGCCAACGACUUUGGAAAUAGUUAAUGUCAUUAUCCAGCUAAUCUUUGAUGUCUUCGUUUAUUACUAUUUUGGGGGCAAAGUACUAGUGUACUUAAUUGCUGGAUCAUUAUUGGCAAUGGGGCUGCAUCCAGUUGCUGGGCAUUUCAUUUCCGAACAUUACAUGUUUCGAAAAGGUUACGAGACAUACUCGUAUUAUGGGUGUCUUAAUUGGAUAACAUUCAAUGUUGGCUAUCACAAUGAGCAUCAUGAUUUUCCUGCAGUUCCUGGAUCACGUCUUCCAGAGGUGAAACGGAUAGCAGCGGAAUAUUAUGAUAACCUACCACAGCACAAUUCUUGGGUUAGUGUUUUGUAUGACUUCGUCAUGGACCCUGAUAUUGGACCUUAUGCACGCAUAAAAAGGAAAAACAGAGGAUUGAAAUCAUGAGUUGUAUUACUUUGAUGCUUUAUUCUUGAAUAAAUAUGUUAUCAGUGUUUUCAGCUGAAAAGUCGUAGACUGUUGGAAAUUUUUUUGAUGAGAUUAAUUUGUUAUUUCAUAUUGUGAAAUGUGUGGUGAAUGACCUGUGUGAAUUGGAAAACUGUAUUGACCUGGACUAAAUGUUGAUUAUUACAGAUACUGUGAUGCACGUUACAAUUAUUGACGGGAUCUGUUAUGCUGUUCAACUAGGUCUUGCCAAAAUUGUCUAUGGUGUACAGUGCAUGUUAGACUUCAUGUUCGUAUGUGAAAAUUUAGAACAAAAUCACUGUUUUAAAUAAUGAAAUAUUGUAUGGUAACUAACAUUUUUUUGCUGCUUUGGGAACUUAUGUCAGCAAAAGUUAUUUGUAACUUGCAGGGUUGAUAUCUUCAAAUUUGUUUUAACAAUAACUUGUUAAGAUGUGUAAAUGCUGUAUUUUAAUGAUCAUACAUCAUUUUUGGGUUUUUAAUUUUUCCUUUCACUUUUUUAAACUGAUCAUUUGUAAUAUGCCAGUAAUGUUUUCCACUGUUACCAAGUUAUGCCUUGAAAAGCACAAAUCUCUAUUUUUUAUUGUGUGUGUGUGUGUGUGUGUGUGUGUGUGUGUGUGUGUGUGUGUGUGUAAAGCAGACAGAAAUCUGUGAACUGACAUUUUUCUAAUGUAAGAGAUAAAUCCAUUAGUUGCUCACUGUCAAAAAUGUAUUUAUUGCUGGUUUACUAUGUUAAUUUCUAAGAUUUGAAUGUAAGUUAAUUAGCCCUUACAUGUAAAACAUAAAAGGCUGAAAAGGCUGGUUAUCUUUUCUAGUCACAUGUUGAUCAGUGAGGGCAGGAAAUGAAUCUGAAGCAUGAGCUGCAUUUAGUAUUGUCUUUGUCAUAAAUAUUUGUUUGCAUCAAAGUAUAUGAAAUUGCAUCUAUAUAAAAUUAGUUAUGCUGUGGCUUAUUCAAAAUUACAUGUUUAGCUCAGUAGUAGUUGUACUCUUAUUGUAACUUUCUUACAGGUGUUUAUAUUCUGGUAUGCAUUUUAAUUGGUAUUUUGACCUGUUUAGAGCUUUAAUUUUUGCUACUUAUAGCCAUGAGUGCUGUAUGUGAGCUAUUUUUGACAUUAAAAACGUACAAAUAAA